CAAGGGAAAAGAUCAUUAAUGUGAAGGUUUUACUUUGUUUUCUCCCAGCUACCGGCCCUGCCUCUGCCCCUGCCUCCCUCUCCCAUCAGCUGUAUGCUAUGUGAACUCCGCAACUCUCUCUUUUGCCAUGUCUGCUAUUUCCCAGGUACCAAAAUCUUGUCUUUCUCACUCAAUACAUCUCUUCAUUGGAUAUUCCUUGUACAGUCCCAAACUAAACCAGAAUCUUUUCCUCUCUAACAUUUGACCAGAAUCACCUAGAGAACCUCCAAGGAAUUUGGACCCAACUUUUUUUUCUAACUUUUCUCUCUUUUAUUUCAAGAAUUGAUGCCUAUUUCACUUGUUGGGUUGUUUUGUUCUUUCUUCAGCAAAACCCCCUUCAAGUCAUAUGGGGUUUUGUGACUCCAAACCCUUAAAGUUUUGAUUUUUGUGUCUAAUUCAUCACAGAUCUUUGUAGUGGGGUGUUGGUUCAGAGUUUUGUUACAUACCCAGUUUUUAUUUGAGUUCCCACAAGCUAAUUUAUGGUGGGGUUGAGGCAUAGUAGUAGAUUAUCAAGAUUGUGCCUUUUUCUGAACUGAUCAUCCUUUUGAGGUAGUAAUUGAGGGGUUUUAAGGUUACUUUUUGACAAUUUUGGGGGUUUAGUUUAGGCACGGAGCACAGUGCUUCAAGAUUUUACGAAUUAGGGUUUCUGUGAGCUUGUUAUGGUGCUUUAGAGUUGCAAAGAUCUGAUUUUUUGGGUUGUAUUCUAAAGAUGGGUGACAAUGAUCACUGCUUUGUUGAAUGGAAGGAGCAAUUUGUUUCGAAAGAGAGGGGACACCGUGUGGUUCACUAUUUCUUGAAGGAUAUUUCAGGGGAGUCCAUUCUUGCUGUUGUGGGCACUGAAAGAAGUGUUAGGCACAUGUUCUAUGUCGUCUCUGAUGAGUUCUUGAAAGCUUAUGCUGGUGAGAAUUCUGUCUGUGCUGGCUUCAGAUGGAGGUCAAGGAGAGAAGUUGUUAAUUGGCUCACCUCUAUGCUAUCAAAACAGCACUUACAAAGUGAUUUUUUGAAAUCACCAAAAGAUGAUCAUAUGUCUGCAUUCAGUGUCCAACCAACAGAUAUGGCAAGCAACAAGGGUUCUAUAACAAGAAACUUGAGAGUACAUUCUUCCGACAUUGUUUGGUCAGGCGAACCAUGGAUAUGCAGUAAACAGCUCAAACACUACCCAACAUUUUGCCGGAAUGGGAUUACUAUUGCAGUACACGCAUUUGUCUUUGUCAUGGCUGAAAAGGAAAAUCACUACCUUGCAUAUCUUGAAGACAUGUAUGAGGACCGGAAGGGCCAGAAAAAAGUCAAAGUGAGAUGGUUCCACUUUAAUAGGGAAGUCAGAGGGGUUAUCUCUUUAAGAAAUCCUCACCCUAGAGAGGUUUUCAUUACUCCUUAUGCUCAGGUCAUUAGUGCAGAGUGUGUAGAUGGUCCGGCAAUUGUCUUAACUCGGGAACAUUAUGAGAAGUGUGUAGCUGUUUUCCCCAAUGACUUGCUAACAAGAGUACAUUUCUGCUUCAGACAAUUUAAGGGCAACAGAGUAAAACCUUUUGAAUUAGGUAAAAUGCGUGGCUACCUUGAUCAAUCAAUUUUCUCAUGUUUCAGUCCAGAUUUCUUUGAAGACGAGGAGUUUAGUGCUAAGGAUGAUACGAAAAUUGGAGCUAAAAGGCCAAGAAAGAAAUAUAAGGAGCAUCAGAUGACAGCAUAUGAAGAGUCCUACAAGAAGUUAAGGAAUGGUUUCUUAAGUAGGAGAUUUAACUCUAAUAAGCAUGUUGGAGGCGAGCUUUGGUAUACUCCUAAUUUUGUGGUUAAUGAGAAGAUUGAAUGUCUGAGCCAAGAUAGUGGAAUCCGAGGGUGCUGGUUCAGAUGCACAGUUUUGGAAGUAUCUCGGAGACAGAUGAAGAUAAGGUAUGAUGAUAUUAAGGAUGAAGAUGGAUGCGGAAACCUUGAGGAAUGGAUCCCCACAUUUAGACUAGCGAGGCCUGAUAAACUUGGGAUGAGAAACUCAAGCCGUCCAACAAUCAGGCCUUUCCAUUCUUGUGACCUGAGAGAUGUUGCCUUUGACAUGGGAGCACCUGUUGAUGCUUGGUGGAGUGAUGGUUGGUGGGAAGGAAUAAUUGUUGACACAGUCAAAUCAGAAAAUGAAACCUAUCGAGUUUAUGUUCCUGGUGAGAGGAUGUUUUUGAAUAUUGACAGAAAGAAUCUAAGAAUCUCAAGGGAUUGGGUGGGAGAUCAAUGGGUAGAUAUUGAGACAAAUAAUGAUAUUCUUUCAAUGGUCUCUUUCAUCCAAGAAACCAAGGUUUCUGUAUUAUCAAGUAUUACUUCGGAGUGCCAGCACGCUAGUCCCAUGGAUCAUAAAGUUCAUGCAACUAGUGUGGAUGAAGAAGCCGUCCAUGGUUUUGCAGAAGCAAGACCUAUCGAUGACCAUUCAAAAGAUUCGGUGUGUGUCAAUGAUGAGAAGCAAGGAGAUGAUAUUGCAGAAAAGAGACUAACCGAUAACGCCUCUAGAGAUAUGGACUUGAUCAAGGAUGAAAAACAUUCAACUGAAAAUAACGAAAAGGAGAAUGAUAGUAAUAACAACAGCAGCAGCAGCAAUGACAAGCAUGACACAGACUGCCACCUUAGCGAUGAUAAUGAUUCUUACAACAUGGACAUUGACAAUGAAAUUAAUGAGGACAUCAACGGGGAAAAAUCAUCAGAACCUGAGAUUGAUGGAAGAAAAUGUGAAACAGAAGUUAUGAAUAUGGUGGCGUGAGGGGAUUAUCACCGAAACAUAUACCACUUUGUUUCAAGUGUACCUGGUGCUGUUUAAUUGUACAUAGAGAUGGAGAGCGAAUGAGAUUUGCUUGUAGUGUUAGGAUUGGGUGUCUUAGCUGUACAGGCGGUAUGCUUAUUUUUUUUCCCCGGUUAGAACCUGGAGAUGCUCUAGUAAUUAGAAUCUCUCUAGUGACUAGGAUCUUCAACUAUCUCUGUAACAUGGAUCUUAGUACCACGAUUAAGUCGAAUUAUUCUGCAAGUGUGUUGCACACUAUGUAAUAGUCUCUUGCUUAUUAAGAACCUUGCAUGUUAAAAAUGCAAUGUUUUAAGGUAAAAGCAUUGUGACAA